CAGAAACUCGGAAUACAUCCGUACUCGGAACCUUGCCGUCACAGACUCAUCGAGCUGAUGAAGACAUCCCAUAUUCGCUCAUCAAACACGGUGGCAACUCAGGAGACCAACCAGUGUGUAAUUGAACAGCAUGCGGUUGAUUGAUAUAGAGACACUGGAGCUACAAGACUUCGAAAUCCCACCACCACCCUACGCCAUCCUCUCCCACCGCUGGACCAAUGACGAGAUCUCCUUCCAAUCCUUCAGCACGCCCGGCAAAAGACACGGCCCCGGCUUCAACAAAAUCCGCGACUUCUGCGCCUUCCUCAAACUAUACCCCCAUCUCACCGAACGCGUCGAAUGGAACCAAAGCACCAAAACCAGAGAAAAGAUCAACGUCCGCUGGGCAUGGGUCGACACCUGCUGCAUCGACAGACGCAACUCCGCCGAACUCUCCGAAACAAUCAACUCCAUGUGGUCCUACUACCGCGACGCGAAAUUCUGCAUCGCAUACCUCCCCGACGUCCACGCAGUCGAGACUUCCGAAGCAGAAACCUUCGAGGCGUCGUUCAUCGCCUCCGAAUGGUUCCGUCGCGGCUGGACCCUCCAAGAACUGCUGGCCCCGGCGGAAGUCUGGUUUUGCGAUUCCUCGUGGAAACUCAUCGGGUCCAAACGUCUCGUCUCGCUCUGGAUGGCGCGAGAUUUCCUUCAAAUCCUCUCCAAAGCCUCGGGGAUUCCGGUCUACUACCUCGACGACCCGACGCGCCAAAAACACCAAAUGGCGUCCGUGGCGCAGAAGAUGAGUUGGGCGAGUCGGCGGAAAACAACGAGAUUGGAAGAUGAAGCGUAUUGUUUACUGGGACUUUUCAAUAUCACGAUGCCGUUGGUCUAUGGAGAAGGACAGAAUGCGUUUCGAAGGCUUCAACGGGAAAUUCUACGGCAUUCGAACGACGAGUCGAUUUUUGCGUGGCGGCCUGCGGAAGAUGAUACGAGCGAUAGUAGUGGGAUUUUGGCUGCGUCCCCGAAAUUUUUCGCGCAGGCGCAACAUACGCAUCGAUGUAAUCUGAUCCCGCGCCAGCCGUAUCGGGUGACGAACAAAGGGAUUAAAAUGCAAGCGCCGUUGAUCAAAGUUUCGAAGGAUUUGUAUUUGUUGCAGAUAAACUGUGUGGAGAUCCCGGGAGUGGAUGGGGCGGUGGGGGAUGCGCAGUAUCGUUCGGGGAUUGUGCAUGGGGCGCAUGGGUGUAUGGUUCCGUUGAAGAAGGAUGCGAAUGGGGUUUUUUUGAGGGCGAAUAUUGAUCGAGAAGAGGAUGAAGGGGAAGAUGAGGAUGAAGGAGAAGAGGCGAAGGAAGUGUUGUUGGAUGAGAAUUCUUUGAUUCGCGAAUCUACGAUUUAUAUCCAUCCGCAUACACCUCCGGCCAUACGUACGGAUCCGGAUUUCAUCGCGAGUCGAGUCAAUGUGGUGGCGCACGAUUGUUUGUCUUCGCAGCCUUUGGCGGUGGUUUGGUAUGACAAGGGCAGCUCUAUGAGUCAAGAAGGAAUCUUUGAAUCGAACCAUGAUUGUGUGGAGCAUGAAGGACGGCAGGAUUCUCUGGUAUCUGAAGAUUCCUCUGGUCCGUGUCUCCCGCGAGGUCUAGUCUUGCCACGUGCACCCACGAGUACGAAUUCUGAGAUGACGACUGGGUUUUUGAGGAAGAGAAUGUCCUGUCGAUCUUCGACGUCCUCUGCUGGGAUUCCGUCUGCGGCGAGAAGGACCAUACAGCAAGGGCAUCUGGGACGGCCUUCCCGAUCUGUGGAUGAGAAUGAUAGUAGGCCCUCAAGGAGCAACGAGGCGAGCAACUUGACUUCGACAGCAGCUGAGGCGGGUGGUGAGAUGACUCCUGACAGCGCUACUGGGCUCGCGAUGUCCUUGUCGAAUCUUAGCACAUAAAAUACGAACCUCGUUCCACGCGGUCGUCAUUCAAGUCCAGUCUUCCACUCAAACUCCGAGAGCCGUGGCAAGCGGCGAUGUUGGAAAAAGGGUUCGACGAUCACCAGCCUGGUCCUUGCAAAGGCACGCGACAUGGCGAACACUGCCUCUGCGCAGAUUUCUGCUUGGUUGUUGGGGAUAAGCAGUAGUGUUGAGAGAAGUGCUAAGGGUGUUCGUGUUCAUGUGAGGGAAAAGCUAGCGAAUGCCAGGGCGUGGGAGUGCGUGUUUCAGCUAUUAUUCAGUAUGCUGCAUUAGGCAACGAGAAUUCGUAGUGAGGCGCCGAACAGUGGUUCACUUGGCC